AUCCCCACUCUCUGGGGCUCUCUCACUUCCUCUAUUUCUAUAUAAAAACUUCUCCUCCUCUUGGUGGCAUGUGUUGUUUGGGGUUUUUAUAUCGACCAUGACCAACCUCCCAAGGUCUCUUAGAUAUUCUUCCUUGACCCUCUUCAAACAAGCCAUUACCGUAGAUCCUUGGCCUUUUUCUCUUCUUUUCUUGUAAAGAUUUUCUUGGGUUUCUUGUUUCUUGUUCUUGUUUUCCGAUCUUAAAUAUUAUUAUUAUGAUUAUGGGUAGUGGAGAGAAGAGUCAAAAGAACUUCCACCUACACCUGCCUCACCUUCACCACCAUCACCACCACCACCAUGGGAAUAACAAGAAGCAAGCGAGAGACGUACCUAAAGGGUGUUUGGCUAUUAAGGUGGGCCAGGGAGAGGAGCAACAGAGAUUCGUAGUGCCUGUGAUGUACUUUAAUCAUCCACUGUUCAUUCAAUUAUUGAAAGAAGCCGAAGAAGAAUAUGGGUUUGAUCAGAAAGGCACAAUCACUAUUCCUUGCCAUGUGGAGGAGUUUAGGUACGUUCGAGGCAUGAUUGACAAAGAAAAGUCCCUUCAUCACCACCAUCAUGUCGGCUGUUUUAGGGUUUGAUGACUUGAUACAAUGAAAGAAUUAAUACUCUAAGAGGGUGAAAGAAAGGGUUGUGGUGCCAAACAGGCCUAACGUUUCUCUUCCCCAGGAAAUGGGUUUUGAUGGGUUCAGGUCUCUUUCAUUCUGGGAUGCUUAAAUUUGGAGUCUUUUUAGGGUUUGUUUUUCGUUCUUUGUUUCUGUUUCUUGCUAGACUCUUAUGGUUGGCCGGUAGAGAUCGAUGAGAAAGUCGGUCGAUGAUGAUGAGAUAAUGACGACAGAAUAUUACCUUGCAAUUGUAUUUGAUUUUUGUUAUUUUGUUAGGAUCCGUACUGGAAAAGAGAAUAGUAAAUGCUUUUCCCUUUGUUUCUUUUCUUCUAA